AAUAUAGAAGCUUGCAGGAAAAGAGAAGAGGCCACCCUUCAAAAUUCAUGGGGUAUACUCUAUAAAGCGACAUUUUUUUCCUUUUAAAAGAUGAUUAAUUUCUUGGUGUGCUAUGGCUGAAUGAGUUCUUAGAAGAGAGUGCAUAUGAGAAAUGCGUGAAGAGAAGGGACUGUGAAAGAGAGAGGAGCAGCAGGCGAGCGAGGGAGCGAAGCAGCUACUGGGUGUUCUUGAACGCCAUUGUCUUCCUCGUAAAGCAAUAGAAGAAAGUUACUGUGAAAGUUAUGGAGGAGGCACCCUGUUGCUCCUCUAUUUUAGAUGGGGAAAUAGUUGGAAUAAGAUUUGCAUUGGCCAAUGGUCAAGAAAUUUGUAUUGCAGCUAUUAGUGAUUGCCCUAUUACCCAUGCUAGUCAGCUCUCAAAUCCAUUUCUUGGUUUACCAAUUGAAUAUGGUAAAUGUGAAUCAUGCGGUACUUCUGAACCUGGGAAGUGUGAAGGCCAUUUCGGAUAUAUCGAAUUACCAAUUCCCAUUUAUCAUCCCAAUCAUAUUACGGAAUUGAAGAAGAUGUUAAGCUUGCUCUGUUUGAAGUGCUUGAAAAUGAAAAAAAACAAGUUUCCCUCGAAGAAUGUUGGUUUUGCUGAAAGAUUGUUAUCAUGCUGUGAGGAUGCUUCGCAAGUUUCUAUUCGAGAGGCAAAAAAAUCAGAUGGUGCUUCGUACUUGCAAUUAAAAGUACCAUCAAGGACAUCACUACGAGAAGGAUUUUGGGAUUUCUUAGAAAGAUAUGGUUUUCGUUAUGGUGAUAAUCUCACUCGAACUUUGCUCCCUUGCGAGGUGAAGGAAAUGCUAAAAAAAAUUCCCAAUGAGACCAGAAAAAAGCUUGCUGGCAAAGGUUAUUAUCCUCAGGAUGGAUAUGUCUUGCAAUAUUUACCAGUCCCUCCCAACUGUUUGUCUGUACCAGAAAUUUCUGAUGGUGUUACGAUUAUGUCUUCGGAUCCAGCUGUUUUAAUGCUCAAGAAAGUUCUUAAGCAAGUGGAAAUCAUCAAAGGUUCUAGGUCUGGUGCUCCAAACUUUGAAGCUCAUGAAGUAGAAGCUAAUGACUUGCAAAUGGCCGUUGAUCAAUAUCUCCAAGUUAGGGGGACUGUUAAGGCAUCUCGUGGCAUAGAUGCAAGAUAUGGUGUAAAUAAAGAGUUAAAUGAUCCUUCCACUAAAGCCUGGCUUGAAAAAAUGAGAACUCUGUUUAUUCGGAAAGGCUCUGGUUUCUCUUCCCGCAGUGUGAUUACCGGGGAUGCUUACAAACUAGUUAAUGAAAUUGGUGUGCCUUUUGAAGUUGCCCAAAGGAUCACAUUCGAGGAGAGAGUUAGUGUGCAUAACAUAAAAUAUUUACAGGAACUGGUGGAUAAUAAAUUAUGUUUAACCUAUAGAGAUGGUUCUUCGGCCUAUUCACUUCGUGAAGGUUCAAUGGGCCAUACAUAUCUGAAACCUGGUCAAAUAGUUCAUCGGCGGAUCAUGGAUGGAGACAUUGUUUUCAUUAAUCGACCGCCGACUACUCAUAAACAUUCUUUGCAAGCCCUGAGGGUGUAUCUGCACGAUGACCAUACAGUCAAGAUCAACCCUCUAAUUUGUGGACCCUUGGGUGCAGAUUUUGAUGGUGAUUGUAUUCACCUAUUUUAUCCCCAGUCCAUUGCAGCAAAAGCUGAGGUGUUGGGACUUUUCUCUGUGGAAAAGCAGCUACUUAGCUCUCAUAGUGGGAACCUUAAUUUGCAGUUGGCUAAUGAUUCAUUGUUGUCUCUCAAGAUGAUGUUCAGGAAAUAUUUCUUGGGCAAAGCUGCAGCGCAGCAACUGGCUAUGUUUGUUACUUCAUCUUUGCCACCUCCUGCCUUGUUGGGAGUUCGUUCUAAUACUCUUCAUUGGACUGCUUUGCAGAUACUUCAAACUGUGUUGCCUGCUUGUUUUGACUGUCAUGGGGAUAGUUACUUGAUUAAAAACAGUGAUUUUCUUAAGUUUGACUUUGAUAGAGAUGCUAUGCCAUCAUUAAUCAAUGAAAUUGUGACGUCAAUUUUUUUUCAGAAGGGUUCUGAAGAGGUUAUGAGAUUUUUUGAUUCUUUACAGCCGUUAUUGAUGGAACAUGUAUUUUCAGAAGGUUUCAGUGUUAGCUUGGAUGAUUAUUCCAUGCCCAUGGCAUUUUUACAAGCUCUUCAAAAGAAUAUUCAAGUAAUAUCACCUUUGCUGUAUCAGUUAAGAUCAUCAUUCAAUGAGCUGGUAGAGUUGCAGUUAGAGAAUCACAUACGAUCGGUCAAAGUUCCAUUUACGAACUUUAUCUUAAAGUUAUCUUCAUUGGGGAAGUUAUUCGAUUCCAAAAGUGAUGCUGCUAUUAACAAGGUGGUUCAACAAAUUGGGUUUCUUGGAUUGCAGCUUUCUGACAAGGGAAAAUUUUAUUCCAAGACAUUGAUAGAUGAUGUAGCCUCUCUGUUUCACAAUCGAUAUUCUUCUGAUAAAAAUGACUAUCCUUCUGCUGAAUUUGGAUUGGUUAAAGGCUGUUUUUUCCAUGGAUUAGAUCCGUACGAGGAAAUGGUCCAUUCAAUUUCCACAAGAGAGGUAAUGGUACGUUCAUCGAGAGGGCUUACUGAACCUGGAACUCUUUUCAAGAACUUGAUGGCCAUCCUUCGAGAUGUUGUAAUUUGUUAUGAUGGUACUGUGAGGAAUGUUUGUAGCAAUUCCAUCAUUCAACUUGAGUAUGGAAUAAAGGCCGGAAUGAUGAAGCCUUAUGGUUUAUUCCCUCCUGGUGAACCGGUUGGUGUUCUAGCAGCUACUGCCAUGUCAACUCCUGCUUAUAAGGCAGUUCUUGAUUCUACUCCCAGUAGCAAUUCCUCAUGGGACAUGAUGAAGGAAAUUCUUCUUUGUAAGGUCGGUUUUAAGAACGAGCCUGUAGAUCGUCGGGUGAUAUUAUAUCUAAACAACUGUGAUUGUGGUAGAAAACAUUGCAAUGAAAAUGCAGCAUAUGUGGUUAAGAGUCAUCUAAAGAAAGUCACGCUUAAAGAUGUCGCAAUGGAUUUCAUGAUAGAAUAUAACAGACAACCAACUCCCUCAGCGCUUGGUCCAGGGCUUGUCGGCCAUGUGCAUCUUAACCAGGUGCUGCUGGAAGAAUUGAGGAUAAACAUGGCUGACGUUUUACGAAGAUGCCAAGAGACUAUCAGUUCUUUUAAAAAGAAGAAGAAGAAACUUGCUCCUACAUUACGAUUCUUUAUCAGUGAACACUGCUCUUUUCAUCAACGGAAUGGAGAAGAGAGGACUGAUAUGCCAUGUUUAACAUUCUGGCUUGAGACAAGAGAUGUUCAUUUGGAGAGAACUUCCCACAUCCUUGCUGAUGUAGUCUUUCCACUGCUUUCAGAAACAAUCAUCAAGGGUGACCCGCGGAUCAGUUCUGCAAACGUGAUCUGGAUUAGUUCAGAUUCAACAAGUUGGGAAAGAAAUCCUUCCAGGUGGCAGGAUGGCGAACUAGCCUUGGAUGUUUGUCUAGAAAAAUCGGCCGUGAAAGAAGAUGGUGAUGCAUGGAGGAACGUGCUGGACUGCUGCCUUCCUAUAAUUCAUUUGAUUGAUACUAGACGAUCUGUUCCUUAUGCAAUUAAACAAGUUCAAAAACUGCUUGGCAUUUCGUGCGCUUUUGAUCAAACGAUUCAGCGGCUUUCGAAGUCGGUGUCAAUGGUUUCAAAAGGUGUACUCGGAGAUCAUCUUAUUCUGCUGGCAAACAGUAUGACAUGCACAGGAAAUAUGAUUGGCUUCAAUUCAGGUGGAUAUAAAGCAUUAUCUCGUGCGUUGAAUAUCCAAGUACCGUUUACAGAAGCAACGUUGUUUACACCAAGAAGAUGUUUUGAGAGAGCUGCUACUAAAUGUCACAAGGAUUCUUUAUCAAGCAUAGUGGCAUCUUGUUCUUGGGGUAAACAUGUUGCUGUUGGUACUGGAUCAAAGUUUGACAUCCUCUGGGACCAAAAAGAGUUAGGAUCGAAACAAGCUGAUGUUGUAGAUGUUUAUAACUUUUUACACAUGGUGAGGAGUGGUAAAUCGGAAGAAUCAACGUCUGCAUGUCUAGGUGUAGAGAUUGACGAUCUAAUGGUCGAAGAUGAAUAUGGCGAGUUGACUCUGUCCCCGGACCCCUUCUCUACUUCUGAGAAGCCAGUUUUUGAAGACAGUGCUGAAUUUGAACACUGUUUGGAUAAUCAUUCUCUUGGUGCUGCUUCCGCUGGUGGUGGGCAGUGGGAAAGUAAUGAAAAUUGUAAGACAUCCCAAGACAAUGACUGGUCUGGUUGGGGGACAAAAGUUGACCCUGAUGUGACCACUUCAAAAUCUGGUUGGGAUACUACACCAAGCUGGGGAAAUAAGGCUACGAAGGCUUCAAAUGACAAUGGCUGGUCUUCAAAAGAAGUCGAACAAGAUUCCUUUACUUCCACGAAGAAUACUCCAAAAACUGGAGGUUGGGAUAGUGCAGCUACAUGGGGGACGAAAACUAAAGAUGUCGAUAGCUUUAAAGAAGGAGAAACAGCGCCUGAAAAAUCAAAUGUGUGGUCUGGUUUGCAGAGCAAUAAAGCUGAAACACAAGACGCCUUCCAUAAAAAGGUCGAGAUAGCGUCUAAAUCUGGUGGAUGGGAUGAUAAGGCUUGGUCAAGAGGAACUUCUAAAACGGAAGAUAAUUGGUCUAGUCGGGCGAAGGAUAAAGCUGAACCAUGGCAAGCCCAUGUGCAAGAAGUUUCUCCCAAUAGCAAUGGUUGGGGUUCUGCAGGGGGUUGGGGGAAGAAUGCUGGAGAUGGUGAAUCUGGAGCAGGUUGGAAUGAUGGCCAGACAUCAAUGGACCUAGAGAAGGUGUCUGAUAGGUGGGAUGGCCGGGACGUUCAGAGGACUGGUGACUCGGAGGAUAACUUUCAAUCCAAAGUGGUGGAGCUUGGUGAUUCAGUUGCCAUCAAUCAUUCUUGGGAUCAACAGAAACCACCCGAGGUAUCCCAGGGAGAGUACGGUAACGAUGCGUGGGGGCAACAGAAAUCAUGGGAAGUUAAAAAACCUUCACAUGUUAACAAUGAAUCAAAUCGACAUGGCUGGGGAUCCCGAAUCGAGUUAAAUGAAGGACCGAAUCAUGAGUGUGAUCAAGUUACCAGUGAUUCAGGAGGUUGGGACUCUCAGAAGAAGAUGGAUAAGCCAUGGGAGAAGCAGAAGUCUACGGAGGCUUCACAAAGUUGGGGCUCCCAGAAGGACUCACAAAGUUGGGGCUCCCAGAAGGACUCGCAAAGCUGGGGCUCCCAGAAGGACUCACAAAGCUGGGGCUCCCAGAAGGACUCGCAAAGCUGGGGCUCCCAGAAGGACUCGCAAAGCUGGGGCUCCCAGAAGGACUCACACUCACAGGGUUCGUGGGGGCAGCUCCAGAGAACACCUAAAGAGUUCAGUCAGGAAUCUCAGGAUGAUUCAAAUAAACAUUUUGAUAAUCAGAAACCUCCAGAAACUUCAUCAGGUUGGGAACAACAAAAAUCACCAGAAGUUUCACAUGGUUGGGGCUCUCAUAUUGACUCGAGCGAUUCGACAAGUUCACAUGGAUGGGAUAAUAAGAAGAAUCAAGGGUCAAAAAGUUGGGGAGGAAACGUCGGGGAGUGGAAAAAUAGGAAGAACCGUCCUCCAAAGUCUCCUGGAAUGACGAGCGACGAUGCUAAUUUACGCGGAUUAUAUACCGCAUCAGGACAACGGUUGGAUAUGUUUACGACCGAAGAACAAGAUAUUCUUGCUGAUAUCGAACCUAUAAUGCAAUCCAUCAGAAAAAUAAUGCAUCAAUCUGGGUACAACGAUGGGGAUCCUCUGUCUGCUGAAGAUCAAUCCUUCAUACUUCAAAGUGUAUUCAACUUCCAUCCUGACAAAGCUGUAAAAAUGGGAGCUGGAAUUGACCACUUCAUGGUUAGUCGACACAGUAGUUUUCAGGAAAGCAGGUGCUUUUACGUUGUAUCAACCGACGGUCAUAAAGAGGACUUUUCAUAUCGCAAAUGCCUCGACAAUUUCAUUAAAGGCAAGUAUCCCGACAUGGCUGAAAUGUUCGUGGCAAAGUACUUCAGGAAGCCUCGUUCAAGUAAACCCCGAGAUCGUAACACAGCAUCAGAGGAAAACGAGAACAAAAACGUCGGUGGAGAGCUGACGCCGAUCCCAGAAGAAGCUGAAAAUGGCAGCCAACAACAGUAAUGGUGUCUCUUAGCAUUUGAAAGUAGCUCAGGAACCCCUCCUCUGUAGUACAGAGGUAAAAAAAUGAUCAUAUUUUCUGCUAUUUUGAGUUGUACAUAGAAGGCAGAUGAUUUUGUAUUUGUGGGGUCAACAGGAGAGGAAGAAUCAGCUCCCCCUAUAUAAUAUAUAUAGAUAUAGAUAUAUAUAUAUAUAUCUAUAUAUAUAUAACAAGCAGCCUUAAGAACUUGACCAAAAAUUGAAGUGAGUGAGAAAUUAUUGAGUAGUUGCUAUGGUGCUGUCUUGUUCAAGCUUGUGUGUAUGUGCCUGAAAACAAUUCUUCUGAUCAAUAUCAAUAGGAAGGCUAAUUUGGAA